GGCAUCGAGUGAAUGGGCGUUGAAACAUACUUCAUUUCGCUUAACUCAUUUUGAUACAGCCGCAGAGCAAUUUUUCAACAAUUUUCCAACAUUAAAAAGAAACAAAUUUCUACCAAAUUCGCCGGCGCUUGCGGUUGAAUCGAGAACGAGAAUGGGUCUGAAACGCUUUGUGUCCUCUAUGCUGCGCAAGUCCCCAAUCUGUCCGUCCGAGCCCGGAAAGCUGGCCGCCGGAUGCCCAUCCGUGUUCGCCGAGGACGGCACGUGGAACGCCAAGUUCCCCAGGAAGACGGUCCGCGAGGAGAGGACCGGUGACGGAUCCGUUAAGAAGCAACAGUCCAGCCGCAAGGAGGCCGAACAACCGCCCACCUUUAGGCUCCCCCGCAAACGUUCCUGGCUGCUGAGGCGCAUGGUUCCCUCGUAGACACAGGAAAUGCUAAAUCUGAAAUGCCAAUUUUAGUCCACAGGACAUACAAGUUGUGCUGUCUUAUCGCUCUGCUGUGCCAACUGCUGAUUAACAAUGGCAGCAGAAACCUUGGCAAUAUGUGCAUGUCCGGGUUCCGAAUUUCCCCUUCCAGAAAGAUUAUUAUGGUUAAUGC